AUGGCAGCAUCACCGGAUGGGGAUAAGCUGGUCCAGAUGGAUCGCUUGCUGGUCGCCAUGGAGGUGGAUGCGGCGGCAACAACAGCAACAGUUCGUCCAUCACCUAGAGGUCCACCAGCAGCAAGGUCGUCCUCUACGUCGGCUGCACGGGACCGCCUGGACAGUCUCCUCCUGGACGACGGAGGAUGGGAUGACCUCCUGGACGGAGGAGAUGCCAGUCUCCUAGUAGAUGGAGCAAGGUGGUACUAUGUGCAAGCGUUGGGCAACAGCCAACACAAACCCGUUAAUGGGCCGACCCACUUCGUUUCCUCAAAACCCUACAAGCCCGCACCGGCCGCUUCCUUCUGCCGUACCCUUCCCAUUCCCCACCCGUGCGACUCUCCCCACGUUCACUCCCACAGCGACGGCAGCGACGGCGGACUGAAUCUCCACGGCGGCGACGGAGGCGCCGGCGGACUCGUCAACCCUGUGAAGCGGCAAGCGCGGCCACAACGCCCGGACCCAAGGGCGCAACUCGCGCGGCUAGUUGGCGACGUCAACCCGGCCGCAAUGCGGUUGGAAUUGGAGACCAGCGGGAAGGUGGCCACAGGAGCGGCGCCUACGGCGGCCAAGAAGAAGGUCCCGGUGCCCGGGGCCAAGCGAGAUAAAAGGGCAGCCUCCACCGCCAACAAGAAGGCCCCGGUGACCAUCGACAAGCGUGCCAAAGGGCUGGCAUCAACCUCGAAGAAGAUGGAGUACACUGAUGAAGAUGACGCAUCCUCUGACGAAGACGACACAUCCUCUGAUGGUUACUACUCAUUUUUUUAUGAAGAGGACAAUGUGCACUUUAGGCUGGACAUUGCAAAAAACGAUGUGCUUGAUUUCGUCAAUGACUCUAUGAAGAAGAUCGAGAAAUAUGUUCACAAGAGGUUCAACCAGACGUACAACGAAAUCAUGGGAGACCUGGAACAUGAUGAAGUGUUAGAACAAGAAGGGGGCUGCUCACAUCGAGUGAAUUGCAAGUCUGAAAUGCAAGUCUGA